GAGUAGAACGUAAGCUCUCUAUGAAGGUCGGUCGCUCGGGCAAAAUGAUGUCCCUAGCUUCUCGUUCUGGGGCUCUGGCCCCACACUUUCAGGCGACAAACGUUGCUGUAAACGGGACAUUAAAAGCUUUAACAGCAGGAACUUUUAACAAAACUGAAAAUGCGAAGAAAACCCUUGACUCCAAGACGAGGCCUUCAUACGUCAACGGUUGCGCUGGAGUCCGAUAUGCCCACACAGACAUCAAGAUUCCAGACUUCUCAGAUUAUCGGCGGCCAGAGGUGAUGGACCCUCACAAGUCCUCGCGGGAGAGCAGCGAAGCCAGGCGGACCUUCUCCUACAUGAUGACCGGCGCCACUGUUGUCGUGAGUGUCUACGCAGCCAAGACAGUGGUGACUCAGUUCGUUUCCUCCAUGAGUGCUUCGGCCGACGUGCUGGCCUUGUCCAAGAUUGAGGUGAAGCUGGGCGACAUACCUGAGGGCAAGAACAUGACCUUCAAGUGGCGCGGGAAGCCCCUGUUCGUGCGCCACCGCACUGACAAGGAGAUCGACAUCGAGACUGCCGUGGACUUGUCUCAGCUCCGCGACCCUCAGCAUGACAAAGACCGCGUCCAAAAUCCUAAAUGGGUCAUCGUUCUCGGAGUCUGCACCCACCUGGGCUGCGUGCCAAUCGCCAAUGCCGGAGAGUUUGGUGGCUACUACUGUCCUUGCCAUGGCUCCCACUAUGACGCUUCUGGCCGCAUUCGCAAGGGACCUGCUCCCCUCAACCUGGAGGUCCCUUAUUACGAGUUCCCCGAUGAAGAAACGGUAGUGGUGGGCUAGACUAGCUAAGGCUCAAGACGGGCUGAUACUUCCUCUAUGUGUGUGUUCUGAGUUGCCUGUGUCUGGCCAAAUCAAGUAUAAUAAAUAUUAAAGUAUAAUAAAUAUUCUUUUAACACAUA